AGUAUAUCGUUGGGUUGGUAGAAGCACCGUACAUGUAGUGCUUGUCUUUGCCACUGAGUGUAGUAGAUCAUUGGGUUGGUAGAAGCACCGUACAUGUAGUGCUUGUCUUUGCCACUGAGUGUAGUAGAUCAUUGGGUUGGUAGAAGCACCGUACAUGUAGUGCUUGUCUUUGCCACUGAGGCUGCUGUUUUUCUUCCGUCCCUCUCUGCCGCCAACUACCAGAUUCAACUUUGACGUCUCCCCCAACGCGAGGUCAUUUGUUUUAGUCGGCACACGCUAAAAUAUCCCGGCUAAACCCAUUGAUUAUCGGAUUAAUUAUUAAAGAUAAAAACAAUGGAUAAUCCACAAAUGUAAUAGUUCAUCGACUAUAUUUGCAUUUGAUACUUCAUUUUAAAGAAAAUGGCUGAAAUCAACUUAGCCCUCACCAAAGAAGGCUGGUACCUUACAGACGAAGGAAUAGAGGAGUUGAAACGCACUUCUGAGAAACCCACAGCUAAUUACAUUAUUCGCAUUGCACUUAAUAGUGACCUGAGGCCUAUUGGCAGGAAGUUUCUCCCUGCAGACAUCAACAGUGGCCGGGUGGAGAAGUUGGAGGGUCCGUGUGUGCUGCAGGUUCAGAAGGUGAGGAACGCGUCGGCUCCCAAGGAUAAUGAGGAGUCUCAGGGAGCCCCCAGGAUGCUGCGGCUGCAGAUGACAGACGGACACACCAACGCUGUGGGCCUCGAGUUCAACUACCUGUCCCAGAUCAGCCUGAACACCCCUCCAGGAACCAAGGUGAAGGUCCUUGGUACGGUCCAGGUGAAGAAUGGCAUUCUGCUUCUGGACGACUCCAAGAUAUCCGUCCUCGGAGGGGAGGUGGACCACAUGAUGGAGAAAUGGGAACUGCAAAGGAGCUUGGCCAAACACAGCAGGAGUAACAUCGGAAGGGAAGGUGGAGCCCCUCCCUUUGUGCCCUUCGGACAGAAGUGUGUGAGGGAUGAAGAGGUGGACUCUAGAGAGCUGGACACCAGGAAAACCCUGGUCAGCACCAGUGUGGUGAAAACAGCUGACGAGAACGAAGAGUUUGAGAAGCAGAGGCUAGCAGCCAUCGCUGAGGUCGCCAAGAACAAAGAGGGAACUCGGACGUUUGGCGGUGGAGGUAAUGCUGGGGGAAACCUGGUUAAUACAGGCAGCCGGGACAGCUACCGACGAGGAGAUGGAGGAGACAGGGACUCGUACCGGCAGAGACGAGAGGAGAGGAUGGAGAGGACGGAGGAGUCCAGCCGACCAGAAGGAAACUACAGAGAGCUCGGGAGUUACCGGGAACUAGGAAAUUACCGCGAGCUGGUGGAUGAGCGGGCCCUAAGGGACAUUAUGGAGAUGGGGUUUGAUAAGGAGGAUGCUCGUCAGGCCCUGAUGGACAACAACAACAACAUGGAGGUGGCUCUCAACAGUCUACUGACGGGGACCUUCAAACCCCCCACCCCCGAGGAACCGAGCAGACCCCCACCCAGAGCAGACAGAGGAAGGGGUCGUGGCCGGGGUCGGGGGAGGUCCAGUAGGUUUGGGGGUGAGGAUGAGGAGGAGGGAGCAGGAGGAAGACCGUCAGGACCCAGCACUCUGUUUGACUUCCUGGAAUCCAAGAUGGGGAGCUUCUCCAUACAAGAGCCAAAGAGCCAGUCCUCUCAGAGGCAUCAUGAUGGUAAGAUGGCAGACAGUAGGAGUGACUGGUCCAGGAAGGACAGAUCACGGAAGGAGAGAAACGAGAGGAACGAUAGAUCAGACUUCAGGAACGAUAGGAACGACAGACCACCUCGCUUCCAGAGGGAUAGUGACAAGGACUUCCCUAAACCUGGCCACGACCCUUCCAUCACCACAUCCACCCCUUCCCCAGCUCCAGUCCCAGCUCCAGCAGGGGGCCAGCAGGGCCAGGAGAGAGCCCAGGACAGAGGCCGGGAAAGGGGCCAGACACAGGAGAAGGCCCCUCCUGGAGGUGGAGGAGGGACAGAGAGGUGGAGAGAGGCCCAGAAUGAGAGACAAGCAGCCAGGGAGGCCAGAGGACAGGCAUCAGUGUUCUGCCCUGCUACGUACCCCCCUGGCCAGCGGAACAGAGAACCCAGAGACGGAACCCAGGGGGAUCUUUCUGGUUCUGGAACCUUCCAGCAGGGAAUCAGAGUAGGUUCUAGUUUUGGUUCCGGAGGGUUCCAGAACCAAAGUCGGAGAGAGCAGCACUCGGUACCUGAUCUGUCGUUUAAUAAGAGAGGAGGAGGAGGGAUGAAGCAGAACAACGGGCCUGCACCAGCUGCCUCUAAACCAGGCCAGCACCAGACAGAGUCCAGUUCUAACUGUGUAUCAGAACCUAAAGGGGUCCAGAGAUCUGACAGCAGAGCAGACAACAGAGCUGAGCCCAACAGCAGAAGGAGAGGAGGGGGGAAGUCCCACAGUGAAAGGCCCAACUCGGACAACUUUGACCGUUACCGGGACAACGGACCGUCAAACUCUUCUACGUCGUGGGCGGGGCAAGAGGACUGUAGCGCCGGGACGCAGGACUGGGGCGUGUCCCGUGGGGAGUCUCGUCCAGUGAAAGGCCAAGUGGGCGGCGGCCCAGGCUCGGGUCCACACCUCCAAAACGGUGACUCGUCGACGGAACACCGGACAGGGCCAAUCAAACAACAGAACUACUCCUCUGGUCCCGCCCCCAGGGAGAGGGAGGAGCCACACAACAGGAACAGCACUAACCCAGCCCAUAACAACUCCAACACCGCCCCUAAGAAGAGGUCAGGGCAGGUCAAAGGGCAGAGGUCAGACCAGGGACAGGUUGGGUCCAUGGAGCCUCAAGGCCUGGGGAACUUGAAACCAGGAGACCAGGUUCUAGCGCUCUACUGGGAAGACAACAAGUUCUACAGGUCCAGGAUAGAUGCUGUACAUCCCUCUGGCCUCACAGCGGUCGUGGUCUUUACUGAGUAUGGAAACUGUGAGGAGGUCCUUCUACACAACAUCAGACCUGUCAACACGGACUUCUGGAAGGAAGAGGAGGGGUUAGAGUACCGGCGCGGGGGAGACGGGCAGCCUCGGACCACCACGAGGACGCGGCCCACGGUCCAGUAUUACCAGCCGCCCAGGGCCAGGGACUGACUGACUGAUCACCACAUGACUGAGUUACUGUACGGACAGACGGAGUCCACGAAGGAUCCCAGAGGUCCACGCAUCUGACCUCAAAAACCACAUCUUUCUUCUCUCGGGUUGUAAAAUUCCAGCAAGUUUUCCAGAAUUCCUGGUUGGAGGAUUCCACGUCCUUAUUGUUCCCUCCUGAUUCCAUCAAAAUCUUUCAACUGUGGAUUUCAGAAAAAUUGACUUUUGGGAAAGUUAGUGGGAUUUUUGCAAUCCUUCUCUCCUCUUCACCAAAUACACAAUGACAACUCUUCCUCUGUGUUCACUUGGGUCUCCAUAUCAAGAAGUGUGAAACAUUCAGGAAAAGGGCUUGUUGCUCAAAGAUGCUGACAACAAGGACGCUAGCUCACAAACUUUGGAAAGCGCACAGCCGCUGUACAUGGGGAAGAUUUGUAAAAUAGUUUAUUGUUAGACUAAUAAAAAUGCUGCUCCUGUA